AUGUUCAACUUCGUGUUCGUGAUAACUUCCACGGUGCAACAAUGGCAGUUCGUUGAGUUUCAAGAGGAGGCUUUCGAUAAAGCUCUCGGGUUCUUUGUCGAAGCUAUAAAGAAGAUUGUUUUCGCUUUGUUUAUAUGUCUUCUCGUCUUAGGUGGUGCAUUGGUGGGGACGGUGAUCGGUGCUUUCAAAGGACAUGGCACGGGCCUAGGCGCCAUUGCGGGUGCUGCCGUAGCACUUCAGCUGUGGGACAACGGCACUGCAGAUCCUAGCCACUCCUUAUCAAAGGAGGGAAUAAUAGAGAGGCUGAUGGAUGGGAGGGGCUACAUAAACUGGGCCAGCAACUUCUCGGAGUACAUGUACAGGGAGAUAGCUGACGUCGCCGGGGACGGGGACGGGGACGGUGCCGGAGAAGAAAGUUGUGUGGAAGGGAUGGCAAGGGAAAGCAUUGAGAAAUUGGGUGUUUGUGAAUAUGAUCAUAGCAAGAUGAACAACUCCAUUAUUUCUUGUUCCAUUUGCUUAGAGGAAUUUGAAGAUGGAGAAUUUGGUAGAAGACUUCCAAAUUGUGGUCAUCUCUUUCAUGUGGGUUGCAUAGAUCAAUGGCUAUAUUUGCAUGGCUCUUGCCCUAUUUGUAGAAUUUUUUGUUCUUAG